AUGUAUUCCCCAAAGGCAAAUGCCACCAUACAUGCAGUAGCCAAGCAUGAUUAUGUCCACGAACGUCAAAACCAGCCGAGUGGGGAAGGGACUGUUCUAUGCCCUGUCGCCGAAAAGGAGGAUUGCCCAAGGAUGUUUGAUGACCAAAAGACAGCCAAUAAGCAUGUGUUCGGUUACCACCAUGUCAGGUUUGGAGAGUAUCAUUGCCCGGAAGAUGAUUGUGACGCCAUGUUAUUCCAGUCGGAAGAUUGCGAGGAGCAUCUAAAAUCCGCACACAGUGUUUUAGGAGCCUUGGCCCAGGAUGCGCUCAAUCGUAUUGCUGAAACAACCUUGGAAGCCCUUCUACUCAUUUAG